AUGAUAAAGGUUGGGUACCUCCUAACCUGGGGAAAGACCCUCCUUUUUGUCUUGACAACACUUUUGCUUCUCCUGUACGACGUGAAGAUAGUCAUCUUAUCUGAGGGGAGAAGCUUGAAGGGGUACCACCACCCCGCAGUUGGUUCGUGUCUCGUCACCCCGCUGCGGCAUCCUUCCGAACAUCGGUUUGAAGCUCGACGUAGAAGCAUCGGGUGGAGAGGCGAACGAAGAACCCCCCUGUUAAAAAUCCCUGAGCUUCACCCUCCCAGGGGAAAAAAAGAAAUCAACGUUGCAAUCUUGAAGCGGUCACCUCUGCCAAGUGGAUCCAUUUUGCUGAACUGGAAGGAAGGUGUAAAAAAAUUAGUGACCACGUGGGGGCUGCUUCAGACAAAAGGAGAAGACAGCGAAGAAGUGCACCCCUUGAAGAACUGCCGGUGGGAAAUCACGACGUUCAAUUUUUUGAUGCAAAAGAGGAGCUCCUUUUUCCUUCACAUCCACGAAAAUGGAGCAGUGAAGAUGUCUAACCAUUUGGAAGGGACGUGGUUCUACAGUAACUAUCACUUAACUUGGACCAUCGAGCAUCCGGAUCGGCGUGUGUACUACACGGCAGAGCUCCUCUGGAAUGGCGACAAAAGCAAACUGGUCAAGGGCAUCAUCUAUGAGGAGCAGAAACGACGGCGCUUCUUCCUGCCCGCGUACUUUUUCAGGAAAAUCCUCGGGUCGUUCGAAGGACGCGUCUCCAGGGAAUAG